AUGUCGCAGAAGUUCCUGUCGUCGCAGGAGUCCGGCGACCCCGGCGACCCCGGCGACCACGGCGACCACGGCGACCACGUCCUCGACCUCGUCGACCCCCUGCACUGCCCCGAACUGGAGCCAAUGCGAGGGGAGAUGAAGCGGCUGUGGGACAGCGUGGGCGAGGGGGACACGAGCGGGCUGAUGGCCUUCGAGGACCUCAUCAAGGGCGUGAGCCGCCAGUUUCAAAAAAUGCGGCAGGAGCAGAAGGACAUGGAGGCUGCGCUCAAAAACUGCAACCGGAGCUGGGAGGAAACGGUUUCGGUUUCGGUUGAGACCGUUUCGGUUUCGGUUGAGACCGCUUCGGUUGAGGCUGAGAGCGCUUUUGCUUCCCAGGUGAAGAAGAUGUCGGAAGAGCUGGAGGCGGAGCUGGAGGCAGAACGGGCGAAGCUGCAGAGGAGCGAGCAGAUCCCCCGCCCCGAGGAGCACAAGCAGGAGGCAAUCCUCCAGCAGCAGGUGGAGGAGCUCCUGCGCCGCAACGAGGAGAUGAAGGAGGUGACGGCCCGCUUGCAGAGCGAGGCAGCCGCCCUCCGCGACGAGAACCGCCUUCUGAGGAAGGAACAGAUGGACACGAAGUCGAGCCUCGAGAGCGAGCAGCGAGAGCUGGAAGAACUGCGGAUCCUCCUGGAAAGACUCGACCGGGGCCGGAAGGACGAGCGGAGAGUCCGGGCCCGCGCGGCGCUCCACGCCGCCCAGAACGUCGCCAUCGAGCGAGAAAACCUCGUGAAGGAGCUGAGCACCCUGCGGGACUAUCGGAAGCGGACGAUGGACGAUGCGGACGAGGCGGAGGCGAACCGGCUCGGAGCCCACCCUCACGGGAUCCCCCUGAACAUGUCAGUGGAGCCCCGAUCGUCCCCGAUCGUCCCCGAUCGUCCCCGAUUCCCUCCGGCGUUUCGAACUGAAGUGAAUUUCCUGGAAUCGCCGCAGGGAGCUGAUGCUGAGCGAGGCGCGGAGCAGGGAAACGAAUGGGGAGAAGAGUCCCAGGCAGAAUCUGGUGAGUGCUAUGCAAUCAGUUGGUUCGAAAAUGUUGGAACCCGAUGUUCCCAUCGAAGAGUCUUGAUCGACCGCGAUGCAAUUCGCUUCCUCGCUAAGGCAACGUUCGUCCGCGCAGGUCCUCAAGAGGGAGGUGAGGGGAAUGGGCGAGGGCGAGAGCAUGGACGACGGCUCCGCCUCUUCGGCCGAGUUUCCUCCUGGGAGCGCCAAGCCGGUCGCCCAGCGUUUUGCUCGGCUUGCCGUUUCUCGUCCUUCGAGUUUUCCGCUUCGAUGACCGGGCGAUUUCGUUCUCCCGUCGCCAGGGAACCCGUCCCGAGGGCAGACCCAGCCGUCUUCCAGAAGACGAGGACCGGCCGAGGGGCGACGUUGCCCAUGGUAACCGAAGCUCUCAGCCACCAAAUGCAAAAUCUAGGGCGAAAGGCAGAACCUGUCCCCAAGCCGCCAGAACGGAUUUUUAAAGUGAUUCUCCUCGGCGACUCUGGAGUGGGGAAAAGCAGCAUUUUGCGAAGGUGUGAGAUCGAAUCGCCUAAUUUCACUGUAGAACUCUUAUUUUUUAUUUUAUUUUCUUUUUGCUGGAAAAGUGACGCCGCGAAUUUGCACAGAUUCUGCGAAGGAAGAUACCGACCUUCCUACAGCGCGACGAUCGGCGUGGACUUCCGGGUGAAGACCCUCCGGAUGGCAAAGCACGACGUCUGCCUUCAGAUCUGGGACACUGCAGGUCAGGAGAGAUUCCGAAGCAUCACAACCCACUACUACCGCAAGGCGGACGGAGUCAUGGCCGUCUACGACAUCACCUGCGAGGAGUCCUUUAAGAACGUCCGGUCCUGGAUCUGUGCCGUCCGGGAGAACGCCGGCGAGCACGCGGCCAUCGUCGUCCUGGGGAACAAGGUGGACCUGGCGGAGGAGAGGAGCGUUCGCGUCGUGUCGCCAGUCGUCGCCGCCCAGCUCGCCGCGUCGGUCGGAGGCGUGUCCUACGAGACGAGCGCCAAGACGGGCCUGCACGUCUUCGAGGCCUUCCGCGAAUUGGCCAUGCAGCUGGAGGACAAGCAGGACACGAUGCUCAUCGAGGGCAUGCAGCUGGAGAACCAUGAGCUCAGGAGUAGUCGCAAAUGUUGUUGA